CGCCGCCGGAAGAGGAGCAGCGAGUGUCCCAGGCAGCGCACAGUAGUAGCGGCAACGCUAACGUUCGCCCCUCGCGCUGUAACACGCUCGUAAACAGGUUAUCCAGAAUCUCAAGAAAAUCGAGCUAACGGAACUAAGCCAUGCCAGCCAAUUUUCGAGAUGAAGAACCAGACAAUCCCGCUUCAGACGCUACACAGCCAGACAUGAUGACUAAAUCAGCGCUGGUACAUGAAGAAGAUAGACUGUACCCCUCGUGUUCAAGUGCAAGCAGUUCAGAUGCCGGGAGCAGCACCUCUAUAGCAUUUGGACACGAGCUUACUGGAACUUCACCAACACCUGCAGCGAACUCAGAGGUGAAGAGCAGGAACUCAGCUACAUCUCAAGAUGAGGAGACGGGAUUUCCAGCAACAUAUGCGGCAGAAUCAGACACCGAGGAUAAGACGACAAUCGCAUUUGAUGACGAUGCGUCGUCAACUACAACUUCAGAAGAUUCGGAGGCUGAAAACUAUUGCUACGGUGGAACUUCUCGCAAGCCGCAGUCAGACCGUCCACCGCCGUACAUCGACCUCCUACAGGAAUCAAAGCCGAAGCCCCCACCGGCGUUUGAAGCGGACCCUGUGCGUUACAUCUUAGGAAUGAAGCUGCCUAUCGCCGACAGCGGGUUCUGCGCCUGCAACCACCUGUCUUCCGCCUACUCUACGGUCUUCUUCAUCAUUUGUUACGCCUCUUUCCUGAUAGCUGAUGCCUAUCAUGAGAUAACGCCCAUUAUUCGAUGUCUCUACGCCUACAAAUUCCAACUUUUCCUCUCGAAGGAGCAGCAGUACGUCUUACACGGAUGGACAGGAGUGUUGCUGAUUAUCUCCGCUUUUUUUUUGUGGCUGGGUAUUUUUCUUAGGAGCCGCUCGACGCUGAUGGUGUGGCUGCUGGUGAUGCUGGUGUACGUCGUGAUGGGCCUGGUGACGUGGCUGCUCGGCAUGCUCCUCAGCUUCGCGGCGGACGGCUGGAACACGCACUCCACCAUCGCCGUCUCCGCCGGCUUCCUGGAUAUCGGCCUGGAGUUCUACCUGCUGCACAUGGUGUACAGCUACAACCGCUACAUGCACGACGAGGCGCCCAAGGUGCAGUACUACGACCCUCAGUUGGCAGCCGCCCGCGAGGUGGAGCUGGCGCGCCUGGGCUACCGCGAGGUGCACAUCCUGGGCAUCCCCAUCACCGCGCCCAUCACCCCCACCGAAGAGCACGACUGGCGGCCAGGCUUAACGACGAUCGUCUGAACACACAUCCUACUUCCCGCAAGAUCUCGCCAGUCUGCUGCAACGCAUGAGCUGUUUAGACCUCCCGCAGAGACUGUAUCUGAUUCUGAAUCACAAUUUUUGGUCUUAAGUUCUGCAUUUCUUCCCCAUUUUCUCUGAGGGUAAGAUAUGUUCCCAGCGAAUCUUAUCACUGAUAUCAUUUCACUCUGAGUUUGAAUCCCACUCCUGACCUUUCCUUUUUCCUUCAAUGUACAGGUUGAUCGUUUCUAAUACGAGCGCUUCGUUCUUGGUCUUCUAUUUUUUCACCACAGCUCAAGUACAUAUUAUGUAUUAGCCGUUUUCCCCUGUAGCUUACACCUGCUUCCCUGAUAAUAUCAACUUAUCUGCCAUAUGUGCUGCCAUGCUACGAAAGCUUCACCGCAAAUCAACAUUCAGCUUCUACCUUCCCUCGCACACACGAAGGGAUCUCUCACUUCCACUUACAUUUCAGAGACGGCGUUUCGGGAGUUACCAAUGUGCAGCAAUGUGCAAUGGUGUGAAGGUGAGAGAAAAAGAGCGAGAGAGAGAGAGAGAGAGAGAGACUCUCCUGCUUCGGUAAAAUUUUGCCUUUUUUCCAAAAACAAAUACAGCAGAUUUGGAGGCCGAAUGAGUUUUCAUCAAACUGUAAAACUGCUUGACUUGAGAAAUGGGUACGAAUUAUGACUGAAUAUAUGACUUAAGAUUCAACGGUUCUCCAAUGACAACACACUUCACCAUCGUACGAAGUAAUUUCCGAAAAGGAAAUGACGUUGUGCGUUAUCUGGAUAUUGUUUCUCUUACAAGGAGACGGCACGACCGUGGGGUCCGGGAUUGGUCCGAAAUUUCGUGUGGUGAAAGAGGACUCCUAACACCUCACUGGUUAAAAUGUUAGGACGCACUACUCGGAAAAUCCCGAGAAAAAUCGAUCCAAAGUUUCUUAGGUGCCUUAUGAGUGUAAAAUGUUAGUCCACUGCCGAGCCGCCGUCUGGCCUACAUGGUUAGCGUUGGGACCCUUACCCAAGAGGUCUCGGGAUCGAUUCCUCCUCCGGCACUUUUUUUUCUUCUGUUGCUUGCAAAAUUGCAGCGUAUUGUUACAGGAGAAUCGUGAAAUCAAUUCCCGGGAAGACUGUAUAAAAAUUAAUUCUAUAAUUCACCAUCAG